GGGGGCAAGGCUAACUCUCUAAAAUAUACCCCAGACUACUGGAGUAGUAUCGCUCCGCCAAAUGACCUGGUCCUGGAGCUGGAGAUUAUUGGAGUUGCCAUUGCUUUAUCUGCCAUUGAGCUUUCCAGCCGUGGCCAGUUGGCCACUCCACCUUGCAUUGGUUUUCCAGCACAGCUCUCUCAUAGUCUCAUGGCGACUAGCGCCGGAUUAAGUGCUCGAGUGGGCCCCGUCCCGUUCAAGGACGUCGAGGACGCCGGAGACAUGGUCACCGCCGUGCCGGAGAGGCCCUCGGAAGAGCAUGUCGGCCUGGUCUCCGCCCUACCAUGCUGUACGGUCGCCGGGAUGUCCAACAUGAAGCUCCGCUGCUAUCAGGGGUUCUGGAUGCAGGAGGGCUUGGUCCCGGCGGCCGCCGCCCUCCAGCGCCGCUUCGAGCCCCGCCCCAGCGACGUCAUCGUGGCCAGCCUGCCCAAGUGCGGCACCACAUGGCUCGUCGCCCUGGCGUUCGCCACACUGGCGCGCCGCGCGUACCCGCCCGGUGCCGCCGACCACCCGCUCCGCCGCCUCAACCCGCACCAGUGCCUCCCGUUCCUGGAGGGGCUGUUCGCCGGCGGCCGGGAGGGCAAGCUCGAUGCGCUCCCGUCCCCGCGCCUCAUGAACACGCACAUGCCGCUCGCCAUGAUCCCGGGAGCCGUGCCGGCCGACGGCGCCGGUGGCGGCUGCAGGGUCGUGUACAUCUGCAGGGAGCCCAAGGACAUGGUCGUCUCCCAGUGGCACUACUUUCGGCGAGUGUACCCGGACCUGGCGUUCGGCGAGGCCGUCGACAUGGCCUGCGACGGCACCAUGCCGUGGGGGCCGUUCUGGGACCACGUUCUCGGCUACUGGCGCGCCAGCGCGGCAAGGCCGGAGAGCGUGCUCUUCCUACGGUACGAGGAGCUCCUGCGCGACCCCGCCGGGAACGUCCGGAGGCUGGCGCGGUUCGUCGGGCUGCCGUUCUCCGCGGCGGAGGAGGAGGACGGCGUCGUCCGCGGCAUCGUCGAGCUGUGCAGCCUCGACAGCCUGAGGGGCAUGGAGGCGAACAAGGCCGGCUACGUGGACCCGCGCAUCAAGUUCCCACGCGAAGCGCUCUUCAGGAAGGGCGUGGCCGACGACUGGAAGAGCCACAUGACGCCGGAGAUGGCGCGCCGGAUGGACGGCGUCGCCGCCGACAAGCUUCGCGCCACUGGACUCGCGUUCCCGUGAAUGCGUGUGCUGCGAUUCCAUCGCGUGCGUGAACGCAUGAUCUAUCGAUCAUGCCAUUACACGCCACUCUGAUCGAGCUAGCCGUAAGUCUGUCUGUGUGAUUGGACAAGCCUUGGCAUGUUACAUCGGUUUUAAUUUCUGAAAUAAUGUCUGCAUCUUUUAUGUAUGUGGUCACAAUAAAGCCAAGUUGGAGAAAAUUCUUGAUUGCU